AAAAUUAGUAUAAAAACCUUUAAUUAUUAACAAUUAGUUAUCAGUUCAGUAAAAUCUGUAAAACUAAACAAAUCAAACAAAAUGUUCAAAUUCUUCGUUUUGUGUUUAUUCGCUGUUAUUGCCUUAGCUGCCGCUAAACCCGGUAUUGUGGCUCCUUUGGCUUACUCGGCUCCCGUAGUAGCUGCUGCUCCCUACACUGCUGCUUAUACCACACCUUACGCUGCUGCUUACACUGCUCCUUAUGCUGCUGCCUAUUCUGCUUACUCUGCCUUCCCCUAUGCUGCUUCUCCUUAUGUAGCUGCUCCUUAUACUGCUGCCUAUUCUGCAUAUCCUUAUGCUGCUUCUUACUUGUUGCGCAAGUAGAUUUAGAAUUGAAGGCUUUGUUGAUAUUGAAAGAGUGCAAAGAAUUUGUUUAUGGAAUUUAUAUGACUGAUGAAAAAAAAAAAAAAAACACCAAAUAAAUAAAUUUACUCUUAUAGAGUGAAAUUUUGUUUAAAACGAA